UCGAGUCAAAAUAAAAAUUAUAUUUCCGAUCGACUCUCUCAUAUGAUCGAGACACCAUUCGUUCUGGUCUACAUGCUAUUUCCUAGCGACGUGUACGCGCACGUGUCCUCAGUAUCCUCCUGCAAAUUCGCGAAAAGAUAGCGUUUGUGCAUUUAGGCACGGAGAGUUUCCAUCCUCAUGGGUUCAGCCGGGCGCUAAUCCCCGCAUCGCUAGCCAAACAAUAGCCUGCUGCUCGAAUGACCCAAAUUUAAAACGAAGCACACCCCAGUAUUAUCGUGUUGCCGACGCCAGUUCACGAACAAGACGACGGCAAGUCCAGCGGCCUAAACACUUCGCCCGAUGUGCUCUCGCUCCAACAAAAGCCAGCCUUUGAAAACCCAGACAUAUUAGUAGGUGGCCCCGUUAUGGCUUCGCCAAGGACGCCCGCCUACCUACCACCAGAGAUCGACGCUACAAAAGCUACACUGGCGUUCGGACUGCGUCAGAUACCCAAGCUGAGGGAAGAGUUGCAGUCCCCGCCGGAUCUGGUGACACUGCAGCGAGCCCUUCGCUCUCUGCACGACAUCAGCUUCAGCAUUAUGCGCGUCAACGCUCUUAUCGACGCAGAAGUUCCAGACGCGCUGAUUCUCGCUGCUGAACCAUAGCGACGACACUGUCAGAACGCUGGUCACUGCCAUAUUUGAAACGCUCUCGGUUCACGUGACGGCGAGGCAGGAGUUUUUGAAGGUUGGCACGGCCGCAAUUAUGAUAACCAAGUUUGAUGACUCGGUGAGCAGGGUGCGCACAUCUGCCUACAACACCGUGCUCAACUUGUGCUCAAGUAUCCCAGGCGUGCAAGCCAUCAUUGACUGCAGCAUGGUGCCCAUCCUUGUGACCAACUUGGCAGCAGAGUCCGAAGAUAUACAGCUAAUCAUCUUAGACAUCCUGCACUGCUGUUCGCCUGUGAAUGGCCAGCUGACGCUAAGUUGUGGUGGUCUUCAGACGGCCCUUUCACUCAUGGGCAGCGGCUCUCUACCAGCAUUGAGGGCCAAGGCCACAAGAACAGUCAUGGAGCUGUGCAACUCGGCCGAGGGCAAGGUGAAAGCAUGUGACGAGGUCACGCUGAUACCUCGCCUGGUUGAACUGCUCGGUGAUAACGAGUCUGAUGUACGCACAGCUGCAGCCGGUGCCCUCAUGGUAAUAGUGGUGACGACAAGGGGCAAGUUCUGCGUGCUGGAAGCCGAUGGUCUGGAGGCGCUGCUCAAGCUGACGGCAAGCAGUGAAGACCAGCACACGAUACUGAACAGCGUCAAGGCGUUGACAUGUCUCGCAGAGGCUGCCCAGGGUAGAAAGCAGCUUCUCAACCAUCUCGAUCAGUUCACGCCGCUGAAACGUCACCCGAGCCGUGCGGUCGUCGAGGCAACCAACACGGCCAUCAAAGUCAUAACGUGGAAGCCAUAGCGAUGUCUCCAUCCACAACGCACGUGUUCACGGUCGGACAGCUAGGCAAGUCAUAAUAUGUCUACUCCUGCCUCUGCUAUGAGCAUAACACGACGACAGCUGCGCAAGUCGUAAUAUGUCUACUCCUGUCUCCACGAGAGGCGAGCUGCAGAGUGAAGAUGUGCGAAGCCAACAUACGGUAUAGCGGCUACUGCAUGCGGGCACGUGCACAUACGCGUCUCGUACGGACAAACACGCCGUCGGAGUCGAAAUAGUUAUUACGCGUGUUUACCUUGCACGGGAGAAACCCGGUAAUCCAUGAACGUGUCCUGUUGCCAGACCUGCUGUGGUGUCGUAAUAUUUCAACUUUGCCCGUCUUGAUAUGUAUUACAUGUAUGAGCAUGUGUUUAUUGACAGUUUAAUGAAGUUGAACAUAAUUAUGGUCAUGCUGUUAACGACUCCUUGUUCUUGACCUGCCCGGUACACGAACCCGUCGAAUUUUUUUGAAUUUUUUUAAGUACAUGUCCACCAUCGUUUGCAGACGGUUUCAAUUUUUUUGUGAGUAUAAUCUACUAUCCGGACUUGCAUGUACGCGUUCCAGGCGUCAUGGGAUUUUUGAUCAUUGUCUACUGAUGAGAUUUGUAUUGUAACCGAUGUGGUACUAACCAGUGUACAGUCAGA